AUGAGCCUAUGUCUAAAAGUCUCUUCCACUAGUUUAUAUGUCUACUCGAUUUCCGUGGCGCUUCAAGCACUCACCGUUAUCUCUAUGGGCGGCAUUGCAGAUCAUCCUCCACAUCGAAAACGGCUCCUCUUGGCUUUCGCCGCGCUGGGGUCUAUCUCAGCCAUGCUCUUCCUCCUGAUACCAUCGUCGUCGCCUGUAUGGCCUUUGGUCGCACCCCUAGCCAUCUGCGCCAAUGUCGGCUUCGGCGCAUCAAUUGUAGCGCUCAACGCAUACAUUCCUUUCCUCGCACGCGGGACACGCGAUGUUGUCAUAGCCCGAAGGGUCUUAGACCAGUCUAUCGAUCAAGCCGAAGCAUCUCGUCCGGACUUUAGGAGAACAGCUGAUGUGGAUGACGGGGAUCUGCAUUCCGCAGAAGAUCCACUCCUUCCUCAAGGCGUUCCCGCAACCAGUGCGGACGUUCUCGCAGCCAAAAUUGUGCAUGAUAACUCUGUGUCCAGCGCGACGGCGCGCAUUUCGGCGCAGGGCAUCGCACUCGGAUAUGCGGCAGGUAUCGUGAUGUUGCUCCUUGCAUUAGUCCCAGUCCGCUCGCUUGAAGGUUCGACAUUCUCGCUGCGAUUGGCCAUUGGGCUUAGCGGUGCAUGGUGGGCUUUGUUCUCUAUUCCUGCUGCGCUCUGGCUGCCCGGUGCAUCAGCCAUCGAGGCGGACCUUUCUCAUAUCAGGAGCGAAGAGGGUGAAGGCAUGCUGUUUGAAAAGUGGAGUGCUAGGCGGGAAAUCCUUAAGGCAUGGAAGAGGUUGGGUGGUAUGUUGCGGUGGCAAGAAAUCCGGAAGCUAAGCAAUACAUUCGUCUACCUUGCUGCCUGGUUUCUGCUGUCAGAUGGAUUCACUACCAUCACGUCCACCGCCAUUUUGUUUGGGAAGACGACCUUGCAUAUGUCGCCUUCGGCCUUGAUUUUGAUCGGUGCCUUGACGCCGUCUGCGGGUAUUAUGGGCUCCCUCGUAUGGCCUUUGCUUCAGCAGCGCAUGGGCUGGUCAAAUCUACGUGUGCUCGUCAUCCUCGUCAUCAUGGCCUCUCUGAUUCCCGCAUACGGCUGCCUGGGAUUCCUCCCCGUAUUCCGAAGUGGUGCGCGAGUGGGCGGUCUGACGACGUGGGGAGAGAUGUAUGCCCUUGCAGUUUAUUUUGGUUCGGUCUAUGGUGCGUUCCAGGGAUAUGCGCGAGCGUUUUACGCGGAGUUGAUACCUCCAGGGGAAGAGGCACGAUGGUAUGGGUUAUUCUCAAUAACUGACAAGUCUAGCUCCUUCUUGGGCCCACUCAUGGUUGGGCUUAUCGCGGAUACAACAGGAAACAUUCGCUACGCGUUCUUUUUCCUCGUGGUUAUGGUUUGGCUCGCGGUACCCAUCCUAAUGAAGGUCAAUGUCGACCGUGGACGCGAGGAUGCGAAGGCUUACACAUACCACCUGGCACGGACGGAUGAUAAUUAG